GCCAAGUGCAGGUGCAGACGCUCAUCAUGAACAAGAAAGGGGCCGCACAGUAGGUAAGAGCCAUUUUUUAAAGGAAACCAAACUUUUACUCUACCGACUUAAUUUGGUGGACCCACGUUUCCACUUCCCUUUAACAACUUCAACGUCUCCAGCCAUUUACCUACACUAGUAGGCACCGGUACCUACUCCUUUCAAGGGAAUCCAACUCUCAAGAAAAUACGGGAAGGACGGGGCUCUAAUAAUACGGGAAUCAUACAUCGUAUAAGCAUAGGAAACGUCUAUGGAUUGAAUUUCCCUGCAGAUAUGUCGACCUCGAAGAAACUCGCGAUUCGACAAAAGCCUACUGGCUUACCCGGUCCGUGCCGGAUUCUAGACCUACCGCCGGAACUAGUCUUUGAGAUAUUAUCUUUCCUUGAUCCCCCUUAUGUCAUCUUGUUCUCGUUAACUUGCAAAGCCACCCGUCGCCUAAUCAGCAGUACACCUCAUGGGAAGUUCUGUCUCUCUUACGUCCAAAAGGGGUUGCGCGAUUGCAGACGUGAGCCCAUUGGUUCGGAGUCGACCUCUGACCCGAGAUAUAAAUUCUUGCAGCUGCUGGCAGAUGAUAACCUGCAUCGUUUUGUCUGUUUGCGUUGCGCAAAACUUCAUCAGAAUCUCACAGGAGAGAGCCGAAAUGCUCACCAUAACUCCGCCAUAAUUCGUGACCGACUUAUCUCACGUCCUAGGGGCGCCAUGACCUUUGGCCCUCUAUGGCCGAAAUAUGUCAUCACCUUCGACGAGGCUCGCGAGAUCCUAAAAGGCACUCUCAAUAAGCCAAGAAAUAAGUUGCCAAUUCCUCCUCUCGCAAUAUCGACCGACUGGAAGCUUGCUAGGCUCUGGUCAUCUUGCUAUAAUCCGGAAUUCAUACACGGAUAUGUCAAGCUAGACACCGAAGCAACUGUCGUGGACGGCUCCUUGUACUUUCACAAGGUUCAACGAAUAUUGCUCCAGCCCGAGAAGGUCAAGCCCUUCUUCAGCGCCUCAAAAUCGUGGCUCAUGGAAGAGUUAUUCAAAUCCUGCACUCACAGCGGCCAGUUCCGGUAUGCAUUCCAACCCUCCUUGAGCUCCUUUUCGUGGAAUAGUUUAGACAAAACGGGUGUUCAUAGGAUGAUCGCGGAGCUUAUCGCCAUGGCGCAUUGGAAAGUACUCCUCGCGGAGCCCUCGAGGCUCGAAGGUUGGGAUCUGGACAAACUCGAGCUUCAAUCGUAUUCGCUCACCGGCUGCUGUCAAUGCGUGACCGAUAACUCUAUCACCAUACACAGCCACGGCCGCGGCGGGGUUGAGAUAGUAGCCGACGUCUUCCAAAAUCUCGGCGACCUCACGAAAUCAUCUGACCGCAAAUGGGAAGCUUGCUGGCAUAACCGACUCGACGAGGUGUAUAGAUCUAUUCUGGUGAGACGGUCAGAUCACCCCAUAAUUGAUCCUUCCAUAUUCUUCACCCCUCCCGGUCGCAGCGCUAGAAAGCACCCGUCCGCCCCAAGCGUCAACGAUGUGUGGGAAUUGCAUGAGCACGAUCGUGAAGCGAGUCGGAAAUACAGUAAGCCUUGAUUUUUUUCGGUUAAAAUUUAUUUUGAACUCAGUCUCUGGAAUGGGUGGAGUUCAAAGAAGGCUUGAAUGUAUGUCGUUGUGGAGGGUUGGAAUUGAUUCUCAGGAGCAAGGGACGAGGUAUGACGAAUAGCAGGAAACGCUCCUAUGCUACACGGUAGGCGGGAGUCUUUGUGUAUAGGGGUACUUAGCGGUAAUCGCAGGGGGUGUCUACAGUUGAUGGGCGCAACCUAGAGCCCUGUACAAUAGCAACCUUUGACUCAAUGAGACGAAGAUUUCUAUUA